AUGUCGGUGCUGGAGUCGAGUCUGGCGUUCGUGGUGUGGUAUCUCUUCCCACUGUACGUGGUCGUCUCUCUGGUGUUUGCAAUUUUUGCAGAUGCUGACAUGACUUUGUUAUGGGCCAAUCUGGUGGGACACAGGCCAGAGAGGCGACUAAAGCACCGGGUGGUGUGGGUGACAGGAGCCUCCAGUGGUAUUGGGGAGGAGUUGGCGUAUCAGCUGGCUCAGUGUGGGGCUCGUCUUAUCCUGUCGUCACGCCGGGAAAGUGAGCUCCAAAGGGUCAAACGCCGGUGUUUAGAGUGCUCACAUCUGCAAGAAGAUGAUAUACGUGUUCUACCACUUGAUUUGUUGGAGAGGCACUCUCACGAGGCCAUAACUCAAGCUGCUAUUCAGUACUUUGGACAUAUUGAUGUCUUGAUAAAUAAUGGUGGCCGUAGUCAGCGGUCGCUGUUCUUGGAGACUAAUCUUGAGGUGUAUUCUGCUUUGAUGGAGCUGAACUUCCUCGGCACAGUGUCCCUCACAAAGCAGGUGCUUCCUCAUAUGACAGAGCGCGGCUCUGGGACCAUUGCCACUGUGAGCAGUGUGGUGGGGAUAGCUGGAGCCCCUCUGGCCACAGGAUACUCUGCAAGUAAACACGCCCUCCAGGGUUUCUUCAACUCGCUAAGGACUGAACUGACUGACUAUCCAAACAUCCUUGUGAGCACAGUGUGUCCUGGCCCAGUGCAGUCAAAAAUAGUUGAUAAUGCAUUCACAGAAGCUCUGCAUAAGCCUGUACCAACGGUUGGGAGUCAAGAGCACAAGAUGUGCACCAGGCGCUGUGUGCGUCUGAUGCUCGUGGGAAUUGUUAAUGGAAUACAGGAAAUGUGGAUCGCACAGCAACCGUUCCUUUUCUUUUACUAUGCAUGGCAGUACACUCCCACUUUUGCCUGGUUCAUCACUAAUAAGCUUGGCAAAAAAAGGGUGCAGAAUUUUAAAGCUGGUUUGGAUGCAGACUCUGCUUAUUUCAGCAAGCCUAAAGCCUCAUGA